ACACACACACAUACAAACUUUCGCCUUUAUAAUAUUAGUGUGAUGUGAUGUCGAAAGGAUUCUCUACAUAAAAUCAUCAUUCAUCACUUCUAGCUUCAGAGAUUCUCUUUUAACUCGCAUAGCUUUCACAAUGUAUGUUUUCCUCAUUUCACACCUCUGCAGACACAUUUCUGCUUUCACUCAAUAGUUCUGGUUUUCAGAUUAUAGUCUGUUCGCUGUCUGUUCUAUUAAGUCUGUUCGCAUCAAUAUGGGCGGAACCCAGAUUCAUCGAGCCGCCAUUACGCAUUGACUUCGACUUGCCGGUUGAGUUUCGCUCGCUAACCACCAGCGAUGUGAAGACGGCUUGGAUCGAUAUGCCUAUCAAUCAUUUUGAUCCACAGAAUCGGGACACGUAUAAAAUGCGUUACAUGUAUAACGAAGAGUUCUUCGGUGGGGACGGCAAGCCAGUUUUUAUUUUGGUAGGCGGCGAAUGGGAUAUAGUGCCCGGCUGGCUGCGAGCCGGGAACAUGUUCUUAAUGGCACAGGAGAACCAGGGCCACCAGAUAUACACCGAGCACCGAUAUUAUGGCCAGAGUCUGCCUUAUAAAAACUUCACAACAGAGAACCUCAGAUUUCUAAACGUGGACCAAGCCCUCGCUGAUCUUGCAUAUUUCAUUAAAGAAGUGAAACAGACUCCACGGUUUGCGAACAGUAAGGUGGUCUUAUACGGAGGGUCGUACGCCGCCAACAUGGUGCUGUGGUUCAAGCAACGAUAUCCGCAUUUGGUGGUCGGUGGUGUCGCUUCUAGUGGACCUACUAAAGGCCAGGUUGAUUUUACUGGGUACUUGGAAGUGGUGCACCAGGCGUUCUUGUCUGAAGGCGGACCCGGUUGUAUAGCGACCAUCCGACAGGGAAUAGCAGAGACUAUCGCAGCUAUGCAAACUGCAACUGGUCGACAGAACUUAGAAAAAGUUUAUAGGUUAUGUUCGCCACUAAACUACGACAGCGCAUUCGACCUGGGCUACUUCUCGGGGCUCAUCAGCUGGACCUUCUCCACGUCCGUGCAGCAGGCGCGCCCCGCCACGCUCACUCGCAUCUGUAACAACUUCGCGAACAAUGUCUAUGGUACAACGGCGAUGGAACAGAUCGGCGGCUACAUAGCGGCUACGCGCAACCUCGGUAGCGGCUGCUGGAAUAUCGACUACAAGAGCUACGUCGAAAUGUAUCGCACGCAAAACACUAAUUCGCGUGCGUGGUACUACCAGACGUGCACGGAGUACGGGUACUACCAGACGGCGCCGCGUACCGGCACGGCGUUCGACCAGCUCACGUGGCUCAGCGUGCCGUUCUACGUCGACGUGUGCAAGCAGGCUUAUCACCACAAAUUCGACGAGGCGUUCGUAUACGACGCAGUGGAGCGCGUGAACUUGAUAUUCGGCGGCCUCACGCCUGACGUGAACAGCACCAUCAACAUCCACGGCGCCAUCGACCCGUGGCACGCGCUCGGUGUACACGACCGCGACCUCAAGGAAGGCUCGCCCACUAUCACUGUACCCAGAGCAUCGCACUGCUUCGACAUGCAAGGCUGGCUGGAGUCGAACACUAUCAGGAUGACGAACGCUCAGCAGUUCGCGAGGCGAAUGGUGGCGCGGUGGCUCUCAAACUAGUCCAAUUAUUUAAAUAAACUCUUUUCUUAAAUUGAGGGAAUUUUA